UACAUACAUACAUACAUACAUACAUAUAACUCCAUACAUUUCUCUCCCUCCUCUCUCUCUCUCUCUCUAGCUCUCUCUAGAGUUUGAGUGUGAGUGUGAGUCUGAAAAAUAUGGCUAGUUGGGUAGUAUCAGAAUGUGGUGUAAGGCCAAUUCCAAGAAUCUACACCAAACCAACAAAAACAUCUGCUUUGAAUUCCAUCCAAUCAAAUUUCAGAAUUCCCACAGCACAUUCUUCAUUCUGUUUCCCAAUUAUUAAUGUUGGGUUGUUUACCCAACACAGAAACUGGGUUUUGAAGGUGAGCGCGCCGCCGCCUUCAAUAACUCACCAAACGGAGGAAGAAGAAGAAGAAGAAGAAUUCGACGCGGGGGCACCACCCCCAUUCAAGCUGACAGAUAUAAAGGCAGCAAUUCCGAAGCAUUGUUGGGUUAAGGAUCCAUGGCGGUCAAUGAGUUACGUUGUCAGAGAUGUUGCUGUCGUUUUCGGAUUGGCCGCCGUUGCAGCUUAUUACAACACCUGGAUUCUUUGGCCUCUGUACUGGUUUGCUCAGUCCACUAUGUUCUGGGCUCUCUUUGUUCUUGGCCAUGACUGUGGGCAUGGAAGCUUCUCGAAUGAUCCCAAGUUGAACAGUGUUGCUGGUCAUCUCCUUCACUCUUCUAUUCUUGUCCCUUAUCAUGGAUGGAGAAUUAGUCACAGGACUCACCAUCAGAACCACGGGCACGUCGAGAACGAUGAAUCUUGGCACCCGUUACCUGAGAAAAUUUACAAGAAUUUGAACAAUGCCACCAAGAAGUUGCGUUUCACAUUGCCCUUUCCCAUGCUGGCAUAUCCCAUCUAUCUGUGGAAUAGAAGUCCUGGGAAAAAAGGGUCUCACUUCAAUCCAGACAGUGAUUUGUUUGUCCCAAAUGAGAGGAAAGAUGUAAUAACCUCUACAGUUUGUUGGACAGCAAUGUCUGCGUUACUCGUCGGAUUAUCUUUCGUUAUGGGUCCCGUUCAGUUGCUCAAACUCUACGGCAUACCUUAUCUCGGUUUUGUGAUGUGGCUUGAUUUAGUUACCUACUUACAUCACCAUGGCCAUGAGGAUAAGCUUCCUUGGUACCGCGGAAAGGAAUGGAGUUAUUUGAGAGGUGGGCUUACAACACUCGAUCGUGAUUACGGAUGGAUAAACAACAUCCACCAUGACAUAGGGACUCACGUCAUACAUCAUCUAUUCCCCCAAAUCCCACACUAUCAUUUGAUUGAAGCGACUGAAGCAGCAAAGCCGGUGCUCGGAAAAUAUUACAGGGAGCCUAAAAAAUCGGGGCCUAUUCCAAUUUACUUGCUGGGAGUACUCCUAAGAAGCAUGAGAAAGGAUCAUUAUGUGAGUGACACUGGUGAUAUUCUCUAUUACCAGACCGAUCCUGAAUUGAAUUAAGGAAACUCGAUUAUGGAUUUCUCGCAACAAUUAGUGAUUUAAUUAAUUUAUUUAUUUAUACAUAUUCCUGUCUGGACCUAUUCAGACAAACCGAAAAAGAGAAAUGGAUUUUAUUGUCCUUGUGGUUUAUGAAAUACACUGCAGCUUAUUGUUA